AUGAAUUCACCUGCAUAUCUCUUGGGAAAAAUAACCCAGAAAGUUAAUUACAACUUUGGCAGAGUCUUUAAGGAAGCAGGUCUCGCCAUGGAUAGAUUUGGAAGCAGACUUUAAAAUGACAUCGCCUAUUCACAAGAUCUCUCAAGACACAGACAACUAAUGCCAAUUCAGGACCUAGCUCCUGUUGUUGAUAAUGCUUGGAUCGCUCCAAAUGCUUCCCUCGUAGGCGAAGUUAUGGUCAGCAAGUGGGCCACCAUUUGGUACAACGUCGUUAUCAGAGCUGAGCUCAACGCUGUGAGAAUCGGUCAUUUCUCCUCAAUAGGUGAUGGCACUGUCAUUAACUCAGCUUCUUCUCUACCAGCAGGUGUUGCUUCAUCUGUUAACAUUGGCAAGAAUGUCACUAUUGAGCCAAACUGCAGCAUCUACUCUUGUAUUAUUGAUGAUGACUGCGUGAUUGGGCAAGGUUCAGUCAUAAUGCCAGGAGCUAGACUCGAGAGAGGCUGCCAUGUUCUUCCAAAUUCAGUUGUGACUCCAGGUAAACUCAUCCCAGCAGGCUAAAUCUGGGGCGGCAACCCAGUCAGGUUCGUUAGAAACCUAACUCAAGAAGAGCAAGUGCAGAACUAUGCUAAGAGCUACACUAACACUGCAGCUGAAUUCCAAUCAGAGACUCUUUACCCACAUGCCUAUGAACAAGGGGAUUUAAAAGAAGGAGAGCAUUCACUAUAGGACUAUGUUAAUUCAAGAUAUUUCAAAAAUUUAGAAAAAUGA